AUGGAUCAAACAAACAGGCAAGGGCUUUCGUCCGAGACCCUGAUUACAACCUCGGAAGGAGACAUACCCCUCGGCAAGUUACGACCAGACUUGAAACUACGGGAUAUUCAUGGCAUUAAUCCCAGUCGUGGAUAUCUCUGUACUCAUGAAGAGGACUCUCCAGGAGGUUCCCUUAUUCUGUUUGGAUUCAAUGACGGCAAGCCGUUCUUCAGUUCUGGAACCAUCUUCUUCACCACUACUGGCUAUCGUGCGGUGGACCCGUACCAGGCGCGGUUGGCUUCAGGUUUCAGCAAACAGAUUGGUCGUCUCGAGAUUGGCCAUGUUGUGUACAAGUAUUCGAAGUCGGGGUCUUUGUAUGAAAGAGUUCCAAUCACGAGCAUCUCUUCUGAGCCUUGUCAGUCUGGUAUCGUUGCUGUCGGGUUCACCUCCGGAGCAACCUCACUGGACGCGAAUGGCUACCUCAUUGAAGGGUACCAGAAUUAUGUCCACAUGAGAAAGACUGCAGAAGCUCUCUCAGGACUGUCAAUUCGCGAUCUUCUUAAGGCAUCAGAGCGCGUCGAAGAAUUACAAUCUAUUCGCAAACUUCUUGGAGAUUCGGCCACAUCGCGUCUAUUAAGACACGAGAUCCAGACUCUGCGUUCUGGCCCCCACAAUUCCCAUUUCACUCGAGAUCCAGUAAAGACUAUUCUACUCGACCAAGUUGUGCGAGCCUAUCACGUAGACCUUGCAGAUCCUAGGCAAUCCCCUCCGAUGCACAUAGCUUCGAGCAUAGGACUUUUCGAAGGCAGCGUACUGGUCAAUGGCAAAGUGGAGGCACGUUCUCAUGUCGACUACAAGACAAAGAUUAUCUCUUGGUCUCGAGCUCUUGGUCCUUCCAGCUAUGAGCACGGCUGUAUUACUCUAGUUGAUCACGGGCUGUCCGGAGCCGGAGCCGUGUUUUUGAGCCCAGAGGACUCACCUUUGGUCAUGCACGACAAACAACACGUUUAUCCUGUUCAUGUCAGCACAAAGCCUCCCGCUGUCAAGCCGACUGAAGCGCUGGCCACCACGACAACAUCACUGCUAUCGGACUCGACAGAUGUCCAAGAAAUGAUUCUUGAUGCCGAUAUCUGGAGCGAGCAAGAUAAGCACAAAAAGAAGCCUUCUCACCCUGUUUCAUUUGGAAGAAUUACGCUACAGCCGACCCAGAUUGGAGGUGCAGAUGGUCUUAACAUUCCUUUGAUUCAGAUCCCCCUUCUCGAUCGGCUUCGGGAUACAAUCAAUGAAAAGUUCGCCUUCGACGACCCCAAUCAGAGGAUUUCUUCGCUUUAUAAGAGCACAGUAAACCUCUCUGGACAGUCGGACGCUACAGCUGUUGUUCAAUUGACAGGCGCAUCUCUGCUUGCUCAGCUAGCAGACGAGGAUCCAGGGGCUCAAGUUCUAGGGUGCACGUUCAAAAAGUCUCUAGGGAGCGAUAUCAUCUUGCCAAUACUCUUUCAAGAGCUACAAGUUUCAUUCAAAGGUGGAUCAGUGAUUGGUCCAAUCUUUGCUUAUGAUCCCCUGGCCAGAGGGAGUCUAGGAAGCCGUCAUCUGUUAGUGAGUGCAACGGAGCCUAGACGAUUUUCAGACGCUCGACUCAAAGUAUCGUCUCAUUCAAACUUUCUAGAAACAUACGCUACCACGGGACUCUCGGAAGCUCCUGCACCUGUCACAGGACUCCUUGCUAGCAUGGGAGCUUUGGGUAUCGAUUCCAUCUUGAAUCUACCCAAAUACAGUGAAGUGUUGCUCCAUCAAACUUCUUCGGACCUGAUUUAUCAAGCAAUGCUUUACCACAUGAACGCCCAGCAGAGAAAAGACCUGCUCAAGAAAGAAAAACCCCAGGUUCCAAGAGACAUCCCUUUGGCGCUUGCUACCAAUCUGAAUUCCGAUAUAAGCACAUGGCUAGCCAAUAUCUUUGCACCAGCAUACAUUGCAAAGACAAUCAUUGAAUCUCCAACGGAUCCCAAACAGGCAAGAAACUUCACAAAACAAGAACGAGCCAAGCUAGAAUACUUUUGGUCAGGCAAAGGUAAAACUUGUCUGGCAAUGUCGCAGCAAUACUCCAAACUCACAAGUAUUGCGUCUUCGAGUGCAAUGUUGAUGCUGUUUCCGAAUCUCCGACGAUACCAAUACAACAACACUUACUGGUCAGACAAGCUAGUAACUUGCCUUUCGGAUCCCAACGCCAUGAGAGGGAUAGUCAUGACUCCAAUCGAUGGAGGAACUAAUCAGACAAACAAAAUUGUCAAUAUUCUGUCAACCCUUGACGGCAAAAAUGGGUUGUACGCACAAGAUCUGGGCCAUCAGAUUUGGGCUCAUAGUCUAUCACAGAUGCUGCAAAGUCCAUACGCAGAUACGUCGAAAGACGCUGCUUCACAGACGGAAGAAUGGAUCAUGUCCAGUUUCUCCAAACUUGUAUCUUGUGUCUUGGACAAGACCAACACUGAUUUUACCAUUUCUGACAAGCAGAGGGUUGAUUUUGCCAAGGACAUUACCACGGCUGAAUCAAACUAUGGAUUGACUUCGACUGGUUCCCCAAAGGCCAGAGCCGCCGCGUUGCUUCAAGCACAGGCUGAUGUUAUUCAACUGCUCAGUAGCAUGAAAAGCCCGCUUUCUGGGAGUUCUGCAGACUCGGAGAGCGGCGGGAUACAUGCUCUUGCCCUGCCGUCACUUCGCAGUGCCGGCACAACCCUCUGGUCUUGGGUCUCAAAAGCAUUUGAUAAGACUGUCGGCAGACUUGCACCGUCAGGAUCUGGAAAGAUGGCAGGCCUGAAAGGCUUUUGGUCCUUGAUUCUUGUAGGUCUAUACCUCUACGACGCAACGAAUGGUUACUCGGCUUGGUCUGGGGAAGCGUUUGGACAGACUAUCGUUGUUACCGGGACGAUACAAUUCAUGCUGGACGUGACGGAAAGAGUAUGGGACAUAUAUCAGGGAUAUAAAAUCACCCAGUCCAAUCGAGCAUUUGAAGCAGCCGUUGCAAAAGUUAUCGAUGAGGAGACUCUCAGUGGAAUCCCGCGAUACGUCGAAUUCAUUGCCGAGAAAGGUCAGUCGCUGGGUAAAGGCGAUGUCAUCAGCGAGGCCAUUGGGAGAAAGCUGGGGCAGUAUCCCAUGUCAAGAAGCACUGAAAUUCCGAAAGGCACUCUCAUCGACGUCUGGGAGAUUUACCCCGUCGGUAUGACAGAGGAGUUGGCCCCACAACUUCAGCAAGUCUACAAGCAAUUCAACCUGCCUGGAAGGGUGUUUGCUGGCAUCACGAUCGUUCUCAGUAUCGUGAUUGUCGUCAGCAUGACCAUUGAUUUGAAGAACCGCUGGGACAAUCUGACGAAUACCGGAAAGGCUCUAACAAUCAUUCAAAUCGGAGUCACGACAGCAAGUAUAUUCGCCAGUGAGCUUGUCGUCGAGGCACUCAUCUGGUCGAAUGUUGCAGCAGCAGACUCACUAAUGGUCGUGAGUUUGCCGAUUGUCGGGGCUGUACUGGCUUUUAUCGGAAUUGUGGUCAUGAUAUUCAUGUCCAUAUUCGUGUUGGAAAAGGAUCCACCAAAGCCGCCGCUGACGCCUCUUGAGGAGUUCAUUGAAAAAGUAGGACAGCCUCUCAUUUCCACCUGGGACGACCAGCGAGGACCCCUACUCGAAUACUCUAUACCUUCAAAUGUUGGAGUAGGAGGACGACCUGUUCCAUUCGUUAUCCAAGCCUUGAACAAGACGACUUCAAUAAUGGAGUUACACUCAAUAUCCAUCACGUUCUUGAACGGUGACGAUGAUUCUGAUAUUGCAGAGGCGAGUCUCUUUCAAGAAAGCGCUUUCAAGAUGGUCGCCGCCAAUGAUGUCCAACGUGACAAUCCAGGCAAUGUCUAUGUCACACUCAAUAGUGACGUUGCAGGAUUUCUGCAGCCCAGCCCUCGGGGCAAAGGAGGGACAUCAUGGAAUAUUAGACUUGAGAGUCAUGCAAAUGCCAAGGGUAUCAUUCGUUUAGGCCCGGGUUAUGGUCUCGCACUUCAUAUCUCGGGUCAGGUUGCCGGAACCAAGGGCACAAGUCAGAUCAUCAUUCGCGAGGAUAUGGUUUUUCCCGAUGACAACAAUUACCAGGAGAUUGAGGUCAUUAAAUCGUAG